AUGGACUCGCCAACCUCGAAGGCACAAACCGAAUCGAGUCGAGUUCUUCGAACUUAUGGAAAACGCAGUUCAACGAAUGAACCCUUACAACCUACCUCGAAAAGACGAUGCAUUGAGAUUAUCGACACAGCUACAAUAUCAAACGACAAGGCAAUUGAGUCGCCUUGUAAUACUAGCAUUCCCCUUUCGCCUAUUUUACCUCCCAUACAACCUAUAAGAAAAGGCACGAUCAUGAGCUACUUCAAGGUGGUUUCUUCUUCAUCGAGUUGCGCGCUGAACUCGUCAGAGCCAUCCUCGGAGCCAGUUGACCCCAUAAACACACCUCCAUCAUCUCCUCCUAUACGGACCCUACCCCGGAAGAAUCGCCGAAAACUUACCACUCGUAUAGCAUCUCGAGCUGCAUCGGAAGAAUCAAACACAGAAGAGACGACAAGAAGGGGCGGAGAAAAGGAAAUAACUAAUGAUGUUGAUAUUGGGUCUAUUUUGUCUAUCGACUCGCCACACACUUUAUCUGAGGUUUCCUCGGCAACACUCAACUUGCCGGCCACAGAACAAAAUAUUCAGCCAGACACCAAGAAGCGGGAACGGAGCAUGAAGAAGGUUUUUAAACCCGCCACAGUACAAACGACGUUAAGUCUUUCAAUCGAGGAUAAAGGAUUCAUCGAAUGCAACGAAUGCAAUAUGCUCUACAACCCUCUACACAAGCAAGAUGCGAAAUGCCAUGCUAGGCGUCAUGCAGCAAUGCUGAAGGCGAAGUCGAGCACCUAUGACAAUGAAAUAGUGGAUUAA